GUCAGUACUUCCGCGUAAUGCAGCUCAGCUGACUGACGAGUGACAGCCAUGAGGUUUCGUUUCUGUGGAGACUUGGACUGCCCAGACUGGGUACUGGCAGAAAUAAGCACAUUAGCCAAGAUUUCAAGUGUCAAAAUGAAACUACUAUGUGCGCAAGUGCUGAAGGACUUGCUCGGGGAUGGCAUUGAUUAUGAUAAGGUUACAAAGCUUACUGCAGAUGCAAAGUUUGAGAGCGGAGAUAUCAAAGCUAGUGUGGCAGUGCUCAGCUUCAUAUUCUCCAGUGCUGCGAAGCAUGAUGUUGACAGUGAGUCUCUGUCCAGUGAGCUGCAGCAGCUCGGUCUGCCUAAAGAACACACGACGGGGCUCUGCAAAUCAUACGAAGACAAGCACUCCGCGCUGCAAUGCAAACUAAGAGAGACGAGUCUGAGAUUGGGCCGUCUGGAGGCAGUAUCUUGGCGCGUCGACUACACUCUGAGCUCCAGUGAGCUGAGGGAGGUGAACGAACCAAUGAUUCAGUUUAAACUGCAGGCACAAGGUGCGGAGUCAGGCUCUACAGAGACGACUGUUGUCUCUGUUUCUGCAGACAAGUUCAGAGUCUUGCUUGCAGAGCUUAAACAAGCCCAGACUAGGAUGAAUGCACUACAAUGAAGAGUGGACAGUGAAGUCAGACCUCGAUGUCUGAUCGACAGACGGACACAAAUGAUGCUGUUAAAAAGUGCCAUACUUAGAUCUUUACAUCUUUUAUAUGAAUUUAGUCAUCUAAAAGGUCAAGUGAAUGGCUCGUUUCUUAUUUGUAUUGACUGAUAUUUAGUUGUAUUUUUCUAUCACAUUAUUAAUAAUAAUUGGUGUAAACGUGUCAAGACCGAACAACAAUACUGAAUGAACCAUUUUUGUAAAAUCUUGUAUAUUUGUUCACACAUUUUGAUUUGAAUUAUGUUCAUAAUUUGUGUUUUACCUUCUUAUGCUCAUAAAUAAAAAGUAAAUAAAAGUAUAAUAAUUGUAUCCUUACCGGUUUCCACAAAGCUUACAUAUCCCACCAUGCAUCGGGGCUGUAAUGUUAGCUCAUGCUGUGUUUUCUACAUUGCGUUUGCUAGAAAAUGUAUUGAAUGAAUUGAAAACGAGGAAAAUAAACAUUCACU